AUGAGGUCUAAAGACCAGCUACCUGCAACGGAACAAUCAGCAGUGGUCUACAGCAUAUCUUGCCAAGAUUGCAGUGCAAAGUAUGUUGGUGAUACGGGCAAACGCCUCUGCACAAGAUUGCACGAGCACCAGCUUGCAGUCAACCGCGAGGAUAAGCUGUCACUGGUACAUGGCCACAGACAACAGGAGAAGCACAGUUUCGCCUUUGGGGAGGCAAGCGUCAUCGGCCGAGCAAGCGACAAGAUAGCCAGACUGGCUCUCGGAAGUUGGUCCUCCGUUGACACAACCAACAGAGCCAUUGAUCUUCAUCCGGCCUACCAGGCACUUCGUACGAGGCUCCAGUCAGUUCGGCCGGAGCCGACAGCACUGGUGAACAAAUCGCGGCUCUCUCAACAGUUGUCACCUUCACAGCAGGGGGAGAGAGCCAGCCGGGUGUCAGACGACCGACGCGAGACAUCGACCCACCGACGCGCACAAACAGCCGACCACGAUUCCCAUAUGCAACGGCAGCUGAUCAGCUCGUCAAAUUAUGGGGGGGAGGGCCCAAGGGCACACGCACCUAGCAAAGACAACAGCGGCCGGGCAGGGGGCAGAGGUCACACUAGCGCCCCAGCGGUCGGCCACGGAGAGACCUAA